GAAGAGGAGGACACCCGCAGCCGCAGAAAACAGUUGCGCGGCCUCCCCACCAGCACACAAGACACCCAACGCGAAGACCCACACCCGCCAGACGCACAAGCACGGGAAACUGGUCCUCAGCCACCCACCGCUAGGCCCUUUACACAGCACCGUCACACGUCCUUUCAGCUAAUGGUGCCGCACUUCAAGGCACAACUGCCACACGCAGCGCCCUUCACCCCGCAAGGAAAGAGAAAGCCAGGCACGGCGCACUUUCCCUCCCUCUAUUCCUCGCAGUGUCUCUCCCUUUCCUUCAUCACCACGGAAGGAGGCAGCAGCAUCCACGUGAACCACAAAAACUAG